AAGAGAGAAAUGAUCUGCCCAACCUUAGGCAGUCAAAUAAAUCUGUCUCCACAUAUAAUGUAGGAGUUGACUGACGUCUAAGAUCUUCGACCAUCUCCAUUGUUUGCGCUCCCCUUGUCAUCAAUUCAUUGUCAUGUCAUCGCAAAAUUGCGACGAUAGCACUGCGGGGGUCUGUCACGGUGGACGACCUGACCUAACGCUAGGACUAGAAGAUUAUGUCCUCAUCCUGAUACCAGCAGCAUGUUUGCUAUUCAUGGCGCCUGUGAGGUUGAGGAAAAUAUGGGGUCGAAGUCGAAAAGUUGUUACGCCAACUGCGCUAUGGUGGGCAAAGACGAUAACCUCGGGCUCAUUUGUCAGUCUAAGUUUAGCGGUACUCAUCCGAGGUUGCAUCAGACCACAUGCGCCAUCAGCAGAAAUACCAGCAGAAGUCUUCUCACUCUUAGCCUCGCUUGUAGCUGCUAUCCUGUCACAAUGGGAACAUCUACGAUCAAUCAGACCUAGCGCUCUGCUACAGCUAUAUCUCAUGGUUGCCUUGGUGGUACAGGCUGUACAUCUCCGCUCACUAUGGCUUCGCAACAACGACACUAUCAUGAGAGGUCUGGGACUUGGUCAGAUUGUAGCUUGUGCACUUUUUCUUGCUGUGGAAAGUGUAAGCAAAGAGUCGAUACUGUUACAACGCCAAAAGCGUAGUCCUCAAGAUACCAACGACAUGUUCAGUCAGCGCUUGUUUUGGUGGCUCAACAGCAUGUUCAGACGUGGGUAUACAUCGGUACUUGCACCUACGGAUCUCGAUAAGAUGGACGAGGAUCUGUCGUCCACCGACCCUCAACGCAGAUUCAGACUCGAAUGGCGUAAGCACUCAACGAAGAAUCCCAAGGUCAGCCUACUUCGAAUUAUCCUGGGCGCGAUCGGUUACGAUAUGCUAUUCCCAAUCAUCCCUCGUCUGCUUCUGCUCGCCGUUCAAUUCUCGCAACCAUACUUGAUCCUGCGAUUCAUCAGCUACAUCGACAAUCCCAAUGAGGGCGGUACUGAGGAGGGCAUCCUACUUGUCAUCGCCACUGCUCUGGUGUAUGUCGCUAUCGCAACUUUCCAGAGCUGGUAUUGGCAGGCAGUGGUCCGCUUCCAAACCAAGCUCAGAGGUUGUUUGAUCAGUCAGAUUCAUGACAAGGCAUUACGCUCUAGAGUCGAUGCAAACUCCAAUCCACUAAUGCUCAUGAACGUUGACGUCGAGAAGACACUCAUCGGUAUCAGACCAGUACACGAGUUUUGGGCAUGCGGAGUUUCAAUAGUGAUCGCCCUGGGACUUCUCUACAAUCAAGUGGGAUUGCCCUUUCUGGCUCCACUGGUUCUUCUUGUAGUCUUCAUUACGAUUGCUUCGACCAAUGGCAAGAAGAUUGCACCAAAGGCAAAAAUAUGGCUCGCCACAACGCAGGAUCGUGUCUCGUACAUCACUGGUGUCAUCAGCUCCAUGAAGAACAUCAAACUGCUUGGCAUAGGACCGUCUGUCCUCGCCAAAGGCAAUACACUACGUGAGAAAGAAGUUAACGCGCAAAGAGCCAUCCGCAUGUCAUCGAUGAUCAACUUGAUCAUUUCUCUAACCAAUUUUCAAGGAGCUACACUCGUCAUGUACGGAGCUUAUGCGAUAAAAACCCAUCUUACUGGAGAACCCUUGACCAACUCGACUCUAUUCACAUCUCUGGCAGUGCUCAAGUUAUUCACUAAUCCACUGCUCAUGACCAUACAAUACCUGCCAUCUUUGCUCCAAGUAUUUGCUGCUCUUGCCAGAAUCCAGGAAUAUCUUGUCACCAGCGACCACACGGAUCAACGCACCAUAAAUUCGGAGGCUAUGGCGCAUGGUCGCAACUCGAAGACGGGCAUUUCCGUAUCCGAGGCUCAAGAUGUCGCCCAGGUCCGUGGACUGACCUGUGGUUACUCCGUGAAUAGUCCAAUCUUGAGGGACAUAAAUCUUGACUUGCAACGUGGAAAGCUCAAUAUGGUUGUCGGAAGUGUUGGAUCGGGCAAGUCAACUUUGCUCAAAGCUCUCAUAGGUGAAGUGGCUAUAGCGAGUGGUUCGGUCACCGUUGCAGACGACGAGAUCGCCUACUGCAGUCAAAACCCCUGGCUCUGGAAUGGAAGUAUCCGAGAGAAUAUCGUGGGAGCCGAUACUGCUGACGAUGCUUGGUUGACGAAGGUGUCAUGGGCGUGUGGAUUAGAUCAAGACUUCCGAGAGCUUCCCGGCGGUAUCGACACUCGUGUGGGUAAUGAUGGUACCUCCCUGAGUGGUGGACAAAAGAAUCGAAUCAGUCUGGCCAGAGCGAUCUACUCUCGACGAUCUUUGAUUGUACUUGACGACGUACUCUCCGGUCUGGACACGCGUACGGAGCGUCUUGUCUUCAAUCGAGUGCUUGGUCCCCAGGGGGUUUUACGGAAAAUCGGAAGUGCAGUAGUGUUUGCUACUCACGCAAUCGGUUGGCUUCAAUAUGCCGAUACGGUCCUUGUGGUCGACAACGGCAGAUUGACUUUCCAAGGCAAACCUGAAGACGCACCCGCGUCUUUUAUUCGCAGACAUGCUGAAGCACCGCAACAUGAAGCAGACGGAGAAGACUACGACAACGCGAGCCCUGUCGAUAUCUCGGUGAAGACCUCUCGUGCUCCAAGCGUCUCUUCUUCCACAGCCAAGAAUCACUCCAAUUGGCAAUUGUACAAGUCUUACUUCAAAUCCUUCGGCACCUUUGGCUUUGUAUCCUUCACGUUCCUGAUCAUAGGAUUCUCGGUAUUACAGUGUAUACAACAACUUGUACUGAAAUGGUGGGCUGAUACCGAAGCAACGAGCCCAUCUGAGCUCGGCAAGUGGGUCGGCAUCUUGGGAGCUAUCACGAUAACCUUUGUGCUUGUGGUAUUCCUCACGCUCUAUGCCGGUUUCAUUUGGAUCUUUCCGCGAUCCAGCCUGUAUCUGCACAUCAAACAAUUUACCGCUCUGGUCAAAGUCAGAUAUUCAGCUUGGGGUGGCAAAGAGACUGGAAGCAUUGCCAACAGAUUCUCUCAAGACAUUUCGAUCAUCGAUGGACAACUCGCAAAUUCAUUGCUCAAUGUCAUGGCAGGUGUUUUUGAUGUCAUUGCGAUGACUGCUAUCAUCAUUGUGGCUACACCCUUCAUCGCUGCGACUUUGCCUGUUCUUGGUCUUGUCUUUUGGACGAUUCAAAAGAUCUAUCUACGUACUGGUAAGCAGUUGCGAAUCAUGGAUCUGGAAGCCAAGGCUCCCCUUUGCACACAUUUCUUGGAGACGGUCACUGGUGUCUCGACUAUCAAGACUUUCGGUUGGGCCAAAGCAUACAGAGAAAGAAACGCAACACUUUUGGAACAAAGUCAAACGCCGUAUUAUCUUCUCGAAUCUGUGCAAAACUGGUUGUCCCUAGUACUGAACCUGGUUGUUGCCGGUCUUGCCACAGUGACCAUGGCUAUAGUCGUGAAGCUAAGAUCGAGUAGAGAUGCUGGAUACGUUGCUCUUGCACUGAUCAACAUCAUGGACAUCGGUCCCAUUCUGGAGAUGUUAGUGGUGGCCUGGACACAGCUCGAGACAUCUAUGGGUGCCAUUGCCCGCAUGAAGGAGUUUAUCGAUGACAUACCCGAAGAAGAGCAAGGCCAGAUCAAUCCUCCCAGUGACUGGAUGACCGAAGGUAGCAUCAGCAUCAGCAAUCUGGAAGCUUCGUACUCGGACACCGCACCAUCAACAAUAAGAGACAUCAACCUCGAAAUCAAACCCGGCCAAAAAAUCGCCAUCUGCGGCCGCACAGGCAGCGGGAAAUCCUCCCUCGCCUCCGCCAUCUUCGGCCUCUUGCACAUCAGCAGCGGCUCCCUAAAAAUCGACAACAUCGACAUCACACAAGUGUCCCAAGAACUCUUGCGUUCCAAAAUGAUCGCUUUACCCCAAGACCCUUACUUUACAAGCGGCACCGUACGAGAAAACCUCUCUCUCCGGCCCACAGACACAAAACGCAGCGAUGCAGAAAUGCUAGCCUCACUCUCCCGCGUCGGCCUCCUCGCCAAAUUCGAAACUUUGGCAGCCGCGCAAAGCUCAACUUGUGCAGCAAAACCAACCCCCCUCGAUAUAACGCUAAACCCCUCCGACAUGCUCACAAAAGGCCAAACACAACUCUUCGCCAUGGCACGUGCAAUCCUCUCCUCUGGCUCCAUCGUGCUAGUAGACGAAGCAACCUCUGGUCUCGACCAUGAAACCGAAGCCACUGUCCAAAGCCUUCUGAGACGAGAGUUUUCGGGAAAAACCAUAAUUGCUAUUGCGCAUCAUUUACAAACUAUUGUGGAUUUUGAUGUCGUGAUUGUUUUGGAUAACGGGAGGGUUGCUGAGAUGGGGAGGCCGGGGGAGUUGAUGGGGAUGGAGGAAAGUUUGUUUGGGGAGUUGCUUAGGGCUGCUAGUUGAAAGUGUUCUUUUUUUUUGGUGGCUUAUAGGAGCUGUACUCUCAAAUUGAGUGUUUUGUUGGGGAACUUUUCUGGAAUAUAGAUGCAAGGUGAUGAUAUUACUAUGCUACUUUGUUACAAUUUGCCGC